GCUUCGGGGUCCGUCGCUUACUCCCAUGAUGCAACAGCAAACAAAGGGGAGAGCGGAGGACGGAGCGCAAAAAGUUUUAAAUGCUUCAUUUUUACCCCAAAAACCCGCUUAAAGCCCGGAUACCCGCUCCCGCCGCCCGACCGGAGCCCCGCCGAGCGGCCGCGGCGCCCGGGGUUCAGCAGCGGAGCCGCGAGAAGCGCGUUUAGCUGAGAGAAGAACCAGAGAGCUGUGUGAGAGCUGUUAGCACAGCGGGCUGGAUCUAACUGAAUUAAACUGAUGAGGCUCCAUCAUCAUCAUCGUCAUCAUCUGUAUCUGUAUCUGUCUGCAGGGAAGCAUGAGGCAGGCUGUUAGUUUACAUCGCUGGGAGGUUAAAGGCCUGGCAGUUAUGGCUAGCUGUGCAUGACCAGCGAUGAGCAAGCAUUCUCCUCUGCCUUUCCCUUUCCUGGAACGUUCUGCGUGAGUCAUCUUCUUCCAAAGUGUUGGAAGGAGCAUUCAGGAUGAAGAAAAUUAGUCUCAAGACAAUACGAAAGUCGUUAAGCAUAAAAGGGAAAGAAGAAAAAGCUGUGGAGUAUGCCAUAUCCCAGCCGGACCUGUCGGCCAGCUUCCCUGCCGAAGAUGCUCUUUACGGAGGCUGCUACAGCAAAGAGCUUGUCGGCAGGGACCUUGACGGCGAAGAGGCGAAGGGCUCCAAGAAUCGCUCCAAAAGUGAAAGCCUCAUGGGCAGUUUGAAGAGGAGGUUGUCUACAAAGCAGAAACCAAAGGUCAAGGGGAGUUCACCGUCCGUUUGCUCCAUUGAUGAUGAUACGUUUUCCUCAUCGUCUGCACCCAUCACCUUCAGCGACCUCAAGUCACAGCACUCUUCACGCUCCACAUCGCUUCGAAGCCACCACUACAGCCCAACACCGUGGCCCCUGAGACCCACGAACUCGGAAGAAACCUGCAUCAAAUUAGACGCCAAGGUGAAGGCCUUGAUCCACUCCUCGGGUUCCAGCCCGGUGCUCAACGCUGUCCGCAAGGAUUUUCUGGAACUUCAGAGGGACGGGCUCUUUGAGGGGUCCAGUGGCUCCUCCUUUAAAAGUUCCAACCCCCAGAAUGGUGAUUUGCAUCUCGACAUGGCCGAUCACGUGCCUGUAGUCAUCGGUCUUGCCGCUCAGGAUUAUAUACAGUACACAAUGCCUUUAGAUGACGGACUUUUCUCCGAGGAGGGCUCGCGCUCUUUCUGUUUGGAUGGCACCUCGCCCAUGGACGUGGUGUCUCAGACAGAGGGGUGUUCUCUUAAUGUGGACGAGGAAUCCAUUGCCCAUGAUCUCCUUUCGCCGGAUAUCUUCAUGGAGCCCUCGGUCAAUCGUCUACUUUUCAGCACUGCAAAUGCCUUGCUGCAAGGCUCCCGGCUUGAAGCCCCUCUUUCUCCUUUGCUACCUCAGGUUCCUGGUGCCCAGCUCCCCAGGAGCCUUUCUGAACUGGACGGUACACACUCUCAAGUCGCAGAAUCCGUCAUCCGCCACCUAAGCUUUGACCCAAGCUCGGCUCCUGGAGUCCAGCGGGUCUACGAUGCGGUCCAAAGCAGUGGGCCGAUGGUGGUGACCAGCCUCACGGUGGAGCUUAAGAAACUAGCCAAGCAAGGAUGGUACUGGGGUCCCAUCACCAGGUGGGAGGCCGAAGAGAAGCUGACCAACCUUCCGGACGGUUCAUUUCUGGUCCGAGACAGCUCUGAUGACCGCUACCUUCUUAGCUUGAGCUUUCGUUCACAGGGCAAAACGCUCCACACACGGAUCGAGCACUCCAACGGCAGCUUCAGCUUCUACGAGCAGCCAGACAUCGAGGGCCACACGUCCAUCGUGGAUCUUAUUGACAACUCCAUACGGGAUUCGGAAAAUGGAGCCUUCUGCUACUCCAGGUCGCGCUUGCCUGGCUCUGCCACCUACCCUGUUAGAUUAACCAAUCCUGUUUCAAGGUUUAUGCAAGUGCGAUCGCUCCAGUACUCGUGCCGCUUCAUCAUUCGUCAGUACACGCGGAUAGACCUGAUCCAAAAAUUGCCUUUACCCAACAAAAUGAAAGAUUACUUGCAGGAAAAACACUACUGAACUCGAUCACAAAUACGAAGCCGAUCUGUUUUUACUUCUUGCACUUUUUUUUUUUUUUUUUUUUUGGGAUUACACAGUGAGGGUUAGGGGUGGGUCAUCGGGUGCUAUUAUACCACAUGUUUUACGUAAAAAAAAUUUUAAAGAAAGGGGUGAUGUUCAUUUAGUGUAGUUCUUCAUAUCUUCCUAGUUCAGCGGUUGUUGCUAAGAAUGUUGGUAGAGUGGUCUGAGCGUAUUACUGGAGUGUCCUAUUCUGCAUGCUUGUUUUGAGGUCUGUAGUGUUUUUUGUUUUUUCUUUAUACCAAGGCUUUCAUUUCGUGAAGGAAGAGACCCGUAAUUCUUUUUCUGGGUUUUCUUAAGUACGUGUUCCACCAUUUCAAGUUCGCAACAAAAGCAAAAACAGUGUUUGUUUAGGGCUUUUAGAGCUUUGUUAGAAUUUUUGUGAGCAGUGCACAGUGCGGACGGACCUUUUGCCUUAAUAAUGUGUUGGGUAUUUUUUUGGAAGGUUGAUUUGAGUAAACUUUAGACUGGCUGUCUUCGUUUUUUCCAAGUAGCACUGCUCCAUCAAACCAGCCAUGGUCUCGUAUUGCACUAUAUAAAGCUAGGCUAACACAGCGAGUCUGCCCUGUUCUUUUUAAAGAGCUGUCGCACCUCCAUGGAGUAACGGAGUUAUACUAAUAAGCUAUAUUAGCUGGUCACGUUUUAAGAUCAAGAUUACUGACUCCACCAUUCAGAACUGUUUGAGUUGUAUUUAUUUAGUUGGAUUCAAUUCUAUAGCACACAUGACGCCAGGGACAGAGUGGACUAAACAUAUCUAGUUUUAUAAUAUUGAUUUUGACCCAUGUAUUUUUUUGGAUCGUAGCAAAAAAAUCCUUCUGUAUGUAGUUUUUGUGUAUAAAUAAUCGUUCCUUUUAAUUUGCCUUUUUUCUUUUUUUUUCUUGGUUAAUUCGAUAAUUCGCCUUAUAAACAUGUAUUUAUAUUUAUAUAUAGAGUGCGAAAAAAUGAAGGAUGUAGGAUGGUAGGUGAAAUAAAUUAACAGUACAUUUCUCAAAGACUUCAUAUCACAAGCAUAUGCUGUUUUUGUUUAUCCAUCUCAAAAACUUUAUCCUAUUAUCCCAUGUUGUACAUACGUCCUGGCACACAGUAUAGGCCUAGAGUUGUGAGUAGAGUUGUUUACGUCCAUCUGCAGUGAGGUAUCUUGGUUCCAUAGCACACGUUUUGGUCCAGAACCAGAAGGAUGAUGGAUUUCAUUUUCAGUUUAUUACAGUCAUUUUGCCUGAUCAUCACAAUAAAUAGAGAAUUCUAUUUAUCCAUUUGUUCGGUUUAUUAAUGUGCAAAUUUGCUUAUUAGAGCUGUUCAUUCCCAGGAACCAUUUGGUUUCAGCAGGCCUACGACUAAAUGCAAUGUUUUUGUGUGGCCUUUUGUGUUUGGAUGAUUUCAGAGGCCCGAAUUGUGAUAAAUAAUCUUUAUAGUCCAUGACUUAGCCUUACUGAGAAGCCAGCCAGCAGACAGUUAGCAUUGUGUGUAAUAAUGUAAUAGUAGGGAUGCACAAUGAUAUUGGGAUCAUAUUAGUAUUAUCAGAAAAAAGAUUAUCUAAAUUUGGAUAUUUCAUGUAUUUAUUAAGGAUAAGCCAAAUAUUUGGAAACCGAAAUAUUUUGUGUGAAAGUGGCAAAAAAAACAACUAAUUUUCUAAUUUCCAAAUAAGUGGAAAUCAAAAUGUAAUGCUGACAUGUUAAAUGCUUAACUCUCAAAGGAAUUCUGUGUAACUCAUUGUAUAAUUUUGGAGCAUUUCUAUUGGUUCAUUUAUUAUGAAACACCAGGUUAAGAACAACUGUCAGAUUCAAAUAACGUAUUAAAAAGUGAAAAGCUGCUUAAAAUAUUUACUAUUUGGCAACGAUGCCCACUUUCUACUUAUUAUAAACUACAGCUGGACAAUAUAUUGUUUUAGCAUUGUCAUCACAAUGUGCCCAAAUGCUAUAAAAGUUAAAUCACAGGACCUGCAAUGUAGGGCUCAAUAAUUUUAGAAUAGAAUCAUGAAAUCAUGAAAGGGAGGAUUAAGAUGAAAUUCAGAUGUAAAGACGCAAAUUAAACAACACAAAAUUUGUAAAAUUAUAAGGAACAUCAGGCAAAUUAGACCAUAAAUAUUAUUCCACAACUUGCUUGAAUUGAAAGGACAUGUAGUACAUUUUGUUUUAUGACAUAUAGAUCUAGCAAAGGCAGAUUGUAUUUGAUUAGUCAAAGGUUUGAUACUUGGAAUGCAUUAUUACAUUAGUACAAACAAUUCCAGUGUUGCUUUUCUUCCAAUAUUGUGUAGCCAUAUUCUAGAUUUUUCAUAUGUCAAAAGCAAUUAUUUGGCUGAAAAAAUGGCAAAAAAAACUUAUGAACUUAUAAAAAGACCAUUUAAAACAAAAUCGCAACCAAAUCGCAAUAUAUAUAUGUUGUAGGUUUGUAAUUUGAAAUUCAAGACGAAAGUGAAUAUAUGCAAUGGUGAAAACUAGUGGCAAAAAAUAAUGAAAACUGAGUAUUGAGUAUCAAACCCCUGUGUGUUGAUAUUGGAAAAUAUUUACAUGAACAAUACCAGCCCUGAAUUCCUAUAUCAGUGCAUCCCUACUCAACAGUACAGACAUAAAUGUCCCACUUCUUGAUGGUAUUAGUGGGACGUUUAUUUUUGUUCCUACUGUUUUUCUUUCUCUCCUUUAGUCUCCUCUUCUAUUUUAUUCCAGUCACCAGUGCUUGCCUUUUGAAUGACCCGUGAUGACCCACAGUAGAGAAUCUAACUCUAAUAAGUCUCCUUUCUUGAAAUUGAUGUGUUGGAACUGGUGUGAGAUAAUGGUGGGUCCAAGCUUGGCACAUUUUUAAGUCUGUUAGGUUGUUACAUUUAUUGGCCAGUUUGUUGGAAACAGCAAUUGUGUAGGGGCACAAUAUAUUAGUUGGUGGACCGUAUUCAACCCAACUUCUGGACUUGAAUGGCUAUUCUAUGUUCAGAUUGCCAGCACAGAUCUGAUUAUUGACCUGAAACCACAUGAAAUCUGAUUUGUGCAAGUUGAAUCCAAAUUAUUUGUAGGCGGCAGCCUUGUCAGCAAUGGGCAUGCAUUUGGACCUCCUAGUACUCUUGUAAGAUUCCAUGUCAUAAAAUACGCGUAUCGUUUGACCUCGUAGCGAAAAUACUAAUCCAGCAAGUUACCAAUAGAGCCAUCUACAACUUUUAUCUACGCUUUAUUUUCCUCCAAAUUGUCGACACACUAUCACUGUGCUGAAGACUCUCGCUCGUUCUUUUCUUUUGUCUGUUGCUUGCUUGCUCACUCACUUGUUCAGUCUCCCGUUUGCUCUGUCUCUCAGGGGUUGGGGAUUUGGUGAAUAUGGUUUAUAAUCAGAUGUGUCUCAGCCUGGACGCUCUGGAUACUCAAAUCAGAUUUCAAUGUGUCUUUUGCGUCAAAACACAACGAAACGCUGACAUCCAUCUCAACAGAUCAAAUUGGAGAAAUAAAUGAGAUCUGCCUGCAAUCUGAACAUUGACCUAGAGACUUUCCAUCCUUUCCAUUUUGGAUCCAAUCUUUAUGCACCCCACCCAUUUUGGUGAAUUGCUGCCUCCAGAAUGCCUUGAUUGGCUGAAUGGGGUGUGUCCAAUUAGGAUUGGGCUUCAGCUGUGGGAAACUGGGAAACUCCAGCAGGACACGAGUUGGAGACUUCUGGUGUACAAGCGGCAUCUGUGCCAAUACCUACACUGAACACAUACAGAAUAUAUGUGGUUGUUGGUUCUGACAAAAUGGUCACCAAAUGUAUCUACAUCCUAGGUGUACCUAAUAAGCUGGAAUCCUGGAGUUUAUAUAUACAUGCAGUAAAGCGUUGAUUGGGAAGAUCUGGUGUUUCAGUGGCUUUUUUCUGAUUUUACUUGAACUUGUCUUUAGGUUGUGUUGAAUUUGGAUUGAAGGCUGUGUGGAUGAAGUAUGGGUUGAGGUAUGUGAUUUUUGGAAAUGGAAGGAAUGUUUUCUGUGCUUUUUUUUGUAUAUUGAUGCGACUUUAAGAACCUUUUUUCAGUUCUGAAAGGUCUCAAUCUGUGGUCCAAUGGUUCGUCCAGAGCUUUGAUUAGUAAUUGUGGUGUCCAAGCUGAGCAGUAUGUAUGAUGAAGGUUAAUGGGUACAGGCAGCUGUUUAGUUGGGUGGUGUAUUGGUAAGAAUAUGAAUUAUAGGAAAUACAUUUUUUGGAGUACUGGCAAAGUAUGAAAAAAUAUGGUCAUAUACAUAAAAUCUUUAAAAUCGUCAAAGAAAAUGUAGUUUAUUAUCCAGUCAGAGCAGUGGGAUCUAACAACAGUGAAAAUCUCUGCUGUCUAGCUGUAGAAUUUGGUUCUAUAUAAACCAAAAAUGUUUUUUGGAUGUAAACUAUUAACUAAAAAUCAAUACUUUGUUUUUGAGAAUUGAUACAGUAUCACAAAACUAAAUAGGAAAAUACUUUUCUGUAUUUUUCUACCCCUUUACUGUUUAGUCACAUGCAGUCUCUCUCAGCUCAGUCAGAUCUGCAUCAGUAUGUGGUUUGCCUGGAUGAAGCUAUGAAGAAAGUAAGGGGUUGAUGUGUCGGUGAUAUGUGGUGUGUUGUUGUAAGUGAUGUAGGUUGAAGGUUGAUGGCGAUCAGCCCUGAUGUCCCUCCUGAAGGAAUGGGAGUAAAAAUUUCGCUGUUUCAGUCGUCAUUGUCGUUGGUACGUUUUGAUUUCUGUGCUUAAAUUUAAAUCUAUGGCCUUUGAUUCUGUAAUUCUGGCCUUCUGGUUCGUCUGUAAGCAGUGAGAGCAGAGUGAGGGUCUGUAUCUUCAGACUGGCUGUUAAUGGAGGAUCUGUAGGUGCGAGUGUGUGUUCAGAUUUGUGCUGUUUGUUUCAUUGACCCGCGUCACAUGGCUGCGAUUUGGGAGAAGAUACAUCCUUUUCUCUUCCUUUUUCAGAUUUUCAGUAGAACUUUGGUGGAAGUUCUGGAGUAUUUUGGAUCUCGAAAGGGAAACGCUGUGUACUGAUUUUAUUGCACAUUUUGAACUAAAUGUUUCUUUUUAUAUCUGCUCUAAAAGUGUAAAUAAAAGACUUAUUCUCAA